AUGACCCGAAUUCUCUUUGUGAAGGACAAUGCUCCCAGUCUCUGUGGGGCUAGACUGAAGCAGGUGGUUCCUGGUGCCCAGGAUUGGACCCUCUCUUCUCAGGCAUUUCUUUUUUGCCUUGCAGUUGGGAAUUAUACGCAGGCUAUCGAAUGUGCCAAGACCUAUCUCCUCUUCUUCCCCAACGAUGAGGUGAUGAACCAGAAUCUGGCCUACUAUACAGCCAUGCUUGGAGAAGAACCAGCCAGAUCCAUUGGCCCCCGUGAGAGUGCCCGGGAGUACCGACAGCGCAGCCUGCUCGAGAAAGAACUGCUCUUCUUCGCCUACGAUGUCUUCGGAAUUCCCUUUGUGGAUCCGGAUUCAUGGACUCCAGAAGAGGUGAUUCCCAAAAGAUUGCAAGAGAAACAAAAGUCCGAACGGGAAACAGCCGUCCGCAUCUCCCAGGAGAUCGGAAACCUUAUGAAGGAGAUUGAGACCCUGGUGGAGGAGAAGACCAAGGAGUCGCUGGAUGUGAGCCGGCUGACGCGGGAAGGUGGCCCCCUGCUCUAUGAAGGCAUCAGUCUCACCAUGAACUCCAAAGUCUUGAACGGUUCGCAGAGGGUGGUGAUGGACGGCGUAAUCUCCGCUGACGAGUGCCGGGAGCUGCAGAGACUGACCAACGCAGCAGCGACCUCGGGAGAUGGCUACCGGGGUCAGACCUCCCCACACACCCCCAGUGAAAAGUUCUAUGGCGUCACGGUCUUCAAAGCCCUCAAGCUGGGACAGGAAGGGAAAGUCCCCCUGCAGAGCGCCCACCUGUACUACAGUGUGACCGAGAAGGUGCGGCGCGUCAUGGAGUCCUACUUCCGCCUGGACACGCCACUCUACUUCUCCUACUCCCACCUGGUGUGCCGCACCGCCAUCGAAGAGGCACAGGCCGAGAGGAAGGACAGUAGCCACCCAGUCCACGUGGACAACUGCAUCCUGAAUGCCGAGGCCCUCGUGUGCAUCAAGGAGCCCCCUGCCUACACCUUCCGGGACUACAGUGCCAUCCUUUAUCUAAAUGGGGACUUCGAUGGAGGAGCAUUCUAUUUCACUGAACUAGACGCCAAGACUGUGACGGCAGAAGUGCAGCCCCAGUGUGGGAGGGCCGUGGGAUUCUCUUCAGGCACUGAGAACCCGCACGGGGUGAAGGCUGUCACCAGAGGGCAACGCUGUGCCAUCGCCCUGUGGUUCACGUUGGACGCGCGGCACAGUGAGAGGGACCGGGUGCAGGCGGAUGACCUGGUGAAGAUGCUCUUCAGCCCAGAGGAGAUGGACCUCUCCCAGGAGCAGCCCCAGGAAGCCCAGGAGGGGGCCCCCAAGCCUGUAGAGGAGUCUCUGCCUGGCAGUGAGUCGGGACACAAGGAUGAGCUCUGACAGCGUCUGGCUCGCUGUGGAGGGGUGAGCGGACGCACCCUGAGGAACUGUGUCCUCCACCGGGCGGCCCCCGGGGGCUGCGGUCUGCCGCCCGGCGGGACCCUGCUCGCAGCCGUCCGCACGGUGCUACCGCUCUCGGAGUGGACAUGGCGGGACGGCCCUCUUGCCUCCAGACCCGGCUGAGGGCUCAGGACGCAGGCCCGGAGCCGCCCCCGGGGGCCUGCUCAGGCAGCCGAGUGACAGCACUGCAGUAUUUAAGUGUCUGUGUAGACAACCAAAGAAUAAAUGAUUUGUGGUUUUUUA